CUAUUGCAAAAACCCGUGUUAACCUCAAACGAAACACGAUUUACUUAGCAGAACAUCUAGCGGACGAUGGCGGCGAGAUUCUCUGCUCUUCGGUCAUCUGUGCUCCAACCGCUACUUCGCCGCCACCAACUCCGGCCAAUCAUUCCUCGAUCAUCGUCAUCACCGGUUUCUACCCAGAGUGCGCUCCCUUCUCCUACUCAAUUUACCUCCCCCAUGCCACUUUCUACCCUUACCAUUCCCACUGCUGCCUGUGUCUUCUCAUCCUUCUCUUUCGGUUCUAGAAGCUACUCUUCCGAUUCAGAGUUGCCUUCAAAUGUGGUCCUGGUCCAGUCUGAUGAUCAAUUGACUGCCUCUCUACGGAAGGCUGAAGAUGAAUCUUCUCAAGCAAUCUUCUACUUCACAGCAGUUUGGUGUGGUCCAUGUCAAUUUUUGUGGCCAGAUAUGAAGAAAUUGAGUGAACGUUUUCCUGAUGUAAAAUUUUACAAGAUUGAUAUUGAUGAGGUGGGAACUGGACCUACAAUAAGCAAAUUAAAUAUAUGCUCCGUGCCAACUCUCCACUUUUUCAAGAAUGGGAAAAAGGCUGCAGAAGUGGUUGGUGCUGAUGUGAAGAGGAUCAAGGAUAUAUCGUCUACAUUGUACAAGAAUGAGUAGAAAAGGUCCUCCCGCUGUGUGGAAAUUGGAAAUGUAUCCUUGACAUUAGUGUAGACAAUAGAUCGGAUUGUCUUGUUAUACGAAGUAUAUAUAUAUUUUUAAUUCUAAUAGAUUUCGAAUUUUAUGUCAUUUUUGAUGAUCUCUUUUGCAAACGAAUAUGUUUGUUGAUUGAACAUUAACUACAUACGGAGUAAUAUUUUUGUGGUUGACA